AUGGCAUCUGUCACCAUCCUUGUCGUUCUCCUCAUCAUCAGCUGGUUUCUCAUCGCCCUCCUCACCCUCCUCAGCGCUCUCGCCAUCUUCUUCCUAAAAGACACCUACACCUUCAAGGUCCACCUUGAAUACACUCCCACCCCUCUCACCACUCCCAUCGACGAACAAGCUCUCAACUGGGCCAACAACGGAACACAAUCGCCCCCAUCACCGCCGUCACCCUCGUCGCCGUCGACGAGCACCCCAACCUUCUACUCCUAG